AUGGCGGCUGGCAGUAGCGAGGAGGAGGACGAGGAGCUGGUGAGCGUCGGGACCCCGCUGGAGCUGCUGGAGGAAGGUGAGCGCAUUAAGAAGCCGGUUCCUCUCCAAGACCAGACAGUCAAAGAUGAGAAGGGGCGGUAUAAACGAUUUCAUGGAGCAUUCAGUGGUGGUUUUUCAGCUGGCUACUUUAACACUGUUGGAUCCAAAGAAGGAUGGGCACCGACAGCUUUUGUAUCCUCUCGCCAAAAGAGAACAGAACAGAAAGUUCUUGGGCCAGAAGAUUUUAUGGAUGAAGAGGAUCUUAGUGAACAUGGGAUUGCACCAAAGGAAAUUACAAUUACAGAUGCAUUUGCUUCCCAAAGCAAAGACAAAAUCCAGGAGAAGGCCAGACAGCUAGCAGGAAUAGCUGCACCCAUCCCUGGAGCUACAGUAUUGGAUGAAUUCAUUAUACCUGCGAAAAUAACAAUUGGGAUUGACUUGUUGCGGAAAAUGGGCUGGAAAGAAGGACAAGGCGUUGGGCCUCGGGUAAAGAGGAAGCCGCGGAAGCAAAAACCUGAGCCCGGAGUAAAGAUAUAUGGCUGCGCUUUGCCUCCAGGAUCCGAAGAGUCAGAGGAAGAAGAGGAUGAAUAUCAGCCGGAAAAUGUGACCUUUGCUCCCAAAGACGUGAUGCCGGUAGAUCUGACUCCAAAAGAAAACGUCCACGGACUGGGUUACAAAGGGCUGGAUCCUAGCAAAGCUUUAUUUGGCACUUCAGAGGAAUCUUUAAAUGUUUUUAGCCUCGGUUCUGAAGACUUAAGCCGUCUUGGUGAUGUACGGCAUAGUAAAGGACGAAAACUGGGCAUUACAGGACAGGCCUUUGGGGUUGGUGCUUUGGAAGAGGAAGAUGAAGAUAUUUAUGCAGUCGAAUCCUUUUCCAAAUAUGACAGUGUUCUGAAAGAUGAAGAGCCGGGAGACGGGCUAUAUGGCUGGACAGCCCCCAGGCCUUAUAAAAGUAAGCCAAGUAGGGAGAAAGAAAAGAAGUAUUUUGGAAAAAUUCUGGAUGGCUUCUACUUGGCGUCUAAGUCAGCGUCUCCUGCCAAGAGUUAUCCUCCUCCAGACCUGCCAAGAGACUACAGACCAAUCCAUUACUUUCGACCUGUGAUAAAAGCUACCGGUGAAAAUUCCCACUUAGUGCAAGCAUUGGCAGAAUCCACAGGGAAGCUUCAGAGUGAUACAGCAUUCCAAAGUCGACACCAGAAAACUGCUUCUGAGAGAAGGGAAGUGCUGGGCGAAACUGAACUGAAAGGCCCCACCACUUCUGUUCUAGAAUAUUUGUCAGAUAAAGACAAAGAGAGGAUCCAAGAAGCGAAACAGGCAGUACAGCAACAACGGAAAGCUGACACUGUGCCUCAACAAUCCGCCUAUAACAAAUUCCGAGCGCCUCCUGUCUCUCAUAUGCCACAGAAGUACCAAUUGAUGCUGGGGUCCCAGUUAGCUACAACUGGCUCGGCCGACUUCAAACCAUUUGCCAGCAACCCAGAAAAGCAAAAGAGAUAUGAAUGUUACUUAGAAAAUCUUGCACAUGGAAAGAAAGGCAAGUAGCAAAAGUAUGUGCCAGAAAGCAGUUUAGAUUCCGGUAUGACGGAGUGGGAGCGUGGUAGAGAACGGGACGAGUUCUCUCGGGCUGCUGCGUUCUACAAAACCUCCAGCUCCAUUUUGUCUUCAAGGUUUACUCCUGCAAAGUUGGAGGAUGAUAUUGAUAAAGUAGACGUUCCUCGUGAUGAAGAGACCAACCUUGAUGACAAAACAGCUGCUGCAAAGAUGAAGAUGUUCGGAAAACUCACAAGGGAAAAAUUUGAGUGGCACCCAGAUAAGCUUUUGUGCAAAAGGUUUAAUAUCCCUGAUCCCUACGCAGAGUCAUGUAUUGUUGGGUUGCCGACAGUGAAACGUGAUAAGUAUUCUGUGUUCAACUUCUUGACUGUUGCUUCAGAGUCGGCAUUAGAGAUGCGAAGUCAGCCGAUGAAAACAGGAGUGCAGCAGGAUAAUAUUCCCAACAAGCCAAAGAAGUCAUCCAGAUGGGACGUGCCCGACAAAGAGAAGAAGGAGGAUACCAUCAGUGAAUUUAUAACUUUGGCUCGAUCAAAAGUUGAUGUCCAUGUGCAGGAGCAGCCUCCCACAGCAGUUGAAGCAAAGGCUGGUGACCUUGUUCCUGCUCAGCCAUCAGGCCCACCCACUGGCCCAAGUGAAGCUGCAGAGGAAGAAGGGAGCCGGCCCUCCAUGGAUUUAUUUAAAGCCAUCUUUGCCAGUUCCUCGGACGAGAAGUCUUCUUCCGAAGAAGAGAGUGAUGCAGAGGAGCCCGUUACAACAGCACCGGAAGGAGAGUCUGAAAACACCAAGCCUUGUGACUCACCUGGGGUUCCAUUACCUGUUGCUAAAGAAACUGAAGUUUUUGCACCUGAGACUUUUGAUACUGUGACUCCAACCUCGAAGGAAGUAGUCAAUCAAGAAGAAUUUGGGCCAAGAUUGCCUCCUGUUGCUUAUUCUGGCACAGCUGAAGCGGUUGCGGAACAGAAACCCCAAAAGAUCAAAGAAAAACACAGAAGAAAAGAACACAGACACAAAAAGGAAAAGAAAAAGAAGCACAAGAAAUCCAAGCACAAGGGAAAGCAUAAGAACAAGAAAUCUGAUAAGAACAGCAGCUCAGACACAACAGAGAGCAAAGACAGCAGCAGCGAGGAAGAAAAGGCGGAUAUACCACCCCGGGAACUUUUAAGAAGGCUGAAGAAUUGUCCACUUAUAAAGCGGUAGUUUGGAUUGCAUUUCUGGAUUCAAAACAGAUCUCCUCUGUGAUGGCAGAUCAUCCAUAUAAAGCCUUGUUAAUGUCGUGUAAAUAUACACCGUUUAUUUG